UUGCCAACUGCAUUGAAGAAAAUGCGGCGCGCCAAUGCUGGUUUUAUAUUCUUUUAUAUAUUAAAAUGAUUUCAUCACGAAUUUUCUUUUCAUUGAGGAACACAAAGACGUGAGGAAAAGUCCCAUCCUUCCAGAUUUUAUUUAUAGCAUCAUUAUUGGAGGAGUUGACUUUUAAUAUUAGAAGUUGAUUUUAUGACUUAUAUCAUGUUACCAGUUCAGUCUUAAACUAUGGCUUGGCCAGGUAAGUAGAGUGCUUGUUUGUUUUUAGUCGCAGAAAUAACUUGGCAAACCCCUCUAUUUAGAUCCGGUUUUAUCAACAAGGCUUGGCGUAUGUGUAGCAGCGUAGUCAUGGAGAAGAACCGUAAUAACAAAUGAGUUAUAUGGACAAUUCCUUUCUUCAGCACUCUUGUCUGAAUUCAUAUUUCAAAUACAAAGGUAUCAUCGAUUCUCUUGUGGUAAACAAUGUUUCCUGCGUGUAGGAAUUGUGAUGUCUGGAGAAAUGCUAUGAGAUCCCUGAUUUUAUUCCUCCUCCUCUUUGUGGAAUUGUAUGAUGCAAGGCCUCCAGAGGUGAGGAUUGGGGGAGUCUUUGAUUUGCAAACCUAUCAAGGGAAGCAAUCAAAUGUGGCCAUACAAUUGGCCAUUCAAGAUGUUAACAACAAUCCCAAUAUUCUUAAUGGGACCAUUCUUCAGUUUGAGACUACAAAGAUAGGAAGCUCUGCUCUCAUAGAUGCGGAGAAUGUGCUGAAAAUGUUCAGAGAAAACGUGGUGUCUGUUGUAGCACCAAUGACGCCACAAGUCUGCAACUUUGUGUCCUUGCUAGCUGAAUCUGCGCAAGUGCUACUCAUUACAUUUGCUGGCAGUGAUCCAUCCAUGUCCAUCAAACAUUCGGCAUAUUCAAUUCAGAUGAUUGGCAGGGAUGCGGUGCAAAUGAAGGCAGUAGCUUCUUUGCUCAGCAAGUUUUAUUGGAGAGAAGUAGUGGUCGUAUUCCAAGAUGAUGAAUUGGGUCUCAGCGGCCUGCUGGCCUUACACAAUGCACUCACAGGAAGUGCUGCCAGUAUAGUCCAAAAGUUUUCUUUUACUGUCAAGUCUUUCAAUAACUCCUCGUGGAAAGAAAUUCAGAAGAGACUAGAAGACGACAAGACUAGGAGUCGUGUGUUUAUUUUACAUACCAGUUAUGAAUUGGCCCAGAAAAUAUUUUUUGAGACAAAAGGAUCAGGCAUUAUGAAGAGACAGGGUUGGGCUUGGAUUGUAACAGAGUGGGUAGCGGGUUCUUUGGAUACAGCAGAUGAUACAACUAUGGAUUCAAUGCAAGGAGUCAUUGGGGUUCGUACAAACAUUACAGACACUCCACGCUUCGAGAAUAUCAGCAGGAGAUGGAAGGGGAAAUUCAUGAGGUUGUAUCCAAAUGUAACUCACUCUGAAAAUAUUGGCGCAGUUGGAACCUAUGCUUAUGAUUCUGUCUGGGUGAUUGCGAAAGCUAUUGAGGAUCUGUUCAGAGACAACAAACUUACUGAAUUGGAAUUUAAGUCUUCUGGGAGAUCUUCGACAGAUGCCUAUGUUUUUCAGGAAGGAAGUGCCCUGUUUCAGAAAGCAGUUAACAGCAGUUUCGAGGGAAUCAGUGGGAACAUAACAUUCAGCAAAAGUGGGCUUCUUGAAAUUCAUUCAUAUGACAUCGUUAAUGUAGUCCAUAGGGAAAUCAAAGUCGUCGGAUCGUGGAUGAAGGAAGAGCUCAAAUUGAAAGAAGGGGUAGAGAUUAUGUGGCCAGAUGGAUCUGCAACACCACCUUCUGGUUUCAGAAAGUUUAUAGUGGGGGUACCCCCAAAUGUUGUGUUUCCUGGAUUUAUAAACAUUAAAAACAAUAACACAAAGUUUGAAGGGUUCUGCAUAGAUGUAUUUAAGAGAGCUGUGGAAAAGCUUCAUUGUCGGUUUGACUAUGAAUUUCGGGUUUCUGAGAAGACUGAUAAAUAUCCAGACUAUGAUGACCUCGUCGACCAGGUUGCAAAUAAGACAUUUGAUGCAGUUGUAGCUGAUAUCACAAUACUCUCAGACCGCAGCGAAAAAGUAGAUUUUACACAGCCAUAUACAGACACGGGGCUGGUAAUUAUGGUCCCCAUUAAGAAUACAAAGUCUUCUGCUUGGGCCUUCAUGAAACCCUUUACAUUAUCCAUGUGGUUGACAGCAUUGGCGUUUAUUCUUCUUACUGCUUUUCUUAUUUUGCUAUUCGAACGGCAUGAGAAUGAUGCUUUCACAGGAGAAACUGCUAGGCAAUUGGAGAUAUCUCUCUGGUUUUCAUUUGCAACAAUUGUAUUUGUUCAGGGAGAGAAGAUUAUGACAUCUCUUGGUAAAGUAAUUUUGAUGGUCUGGCUGUUCGUAGUGCUGAUACUAAAUUCAAGCUAUACAGCUAGCCUUGCAUCCUAUGUCACUGUUCAGCAGCUGUCUCCAACAAUACGAGAUACACAGUCUCUGAGAGCAAGCAACACCUCCAUAGGCCAUAUGGAUGGCUCCUUUGUUGAAAAAUACCUAAUAGACGAACUAAGAAUUGAUAAGAACAGAUUAAGAGCUUUUACCAAGGCAACAGACUAUGUUGAGUCUCUCAGAAAUGGAUCUAUUGGUGCUGUUGUUGAUGAGACUCCAUACAUUAACAUGCUCGUGUCAGAAAAUUGUGGCGAGUUUGAGAUUGUAAGUCGGCCAUUCUACAGGGGAGGAUUUGGAUUUGUAUUUGCCAAAGGGUCUCCAGUGGUUCCAGAGAUGACAUCUGCAGUCCUGAAUAUUACUCAGGACAAAACAGAGCUGGACUCAAUUCGAAGCGGCUACUUUGGUUCAGAAUCCUGCAAUGAUAGUGGUAAUGAUAUUGGGAGACUGAGCCCAAAGAACUUUUGGGGUUUAUUUGUUAUCUCCACAGCUAUAUAUUGUGCAUUACUAUCUGCCUAUUUGGUUAGUAGGUUUCAUAAAGGAGGACUAAAGACGGUGAAAGUCCAGCCCAUUCCUCAGGAGAACUCUGUGCCUGCAAUACAAUUAGUAGCUCUAGAUCCAAAUCUAUUGCAUUCACAAAGUCUUAACGGUAUUAACACGGCUUCAUCUUCUCGUGGUGUGCGGAGGGCUUACACAGCUUUACCUCCCCUUAACGUACACCAUCAACAAAGGACGACAAGACUUCACAGCUUAAUUUUAUGAAGCUUCAUAUCACACAAGUUUGUCACGGGGGAUUUUUCCACGGUGGGCUUACAACUGAUAAAUAAAAUUGUAAAAAUAUAAUGAAAAAAUAAGAAAUAUUUCAUGUCAA